CCAGUUCUGUUACCGACCUCACCGGAGCAUCACAUCAGACCGCCGGUGGGCGAGUCCGGGUGUGUCUGUCUGCCUGCGAGAGAGCGGCCGUGCGAGCGUGCGUUCAGGAAAGCUCGCAAAUAACACCGAGAGGGGAGGGAAAUAAAAUGCUGGGGAAUCGAAAGCGGUCACAUCUUCAUCACUAGACACUUGUUGUUUCUUUCUUUAUUUUUUAUUUUAUUUUUAUUUAUUUAUUUUUUUGCUUUUGGAGGAGGAUAGAAGCAUGAAGAAGCAUCUCAGCCCCGCGAAGGUACCACUGGAAGUCACCGUACCAGACACCGAGGUGACUGUACAACAACUCAACAAGCUGCUGUCAAACGGCAGCGGUUUCUACAGCCUCCCAGCACAACAUUUCAACGAGGUCUUUCCCAGGAUUUACAUCGGCAAUGCGUUUGUGGCCCAGAAUGUGAUGCGUCUGCAGCGGCUGGGUGUGACACACAUACUGAAUGUUGCAGAGGGAAACUCUUUUAUGCAUGUGAACACCAAUGCAGAGUUCUACACAGGAACUGGGAUCACAUACCACGGCAUACAGGCCAAUGACACUGAGCAGUUCAACAUCAGUGCCUUCUUUGAGGAAGCGGCAGACUUCAUUGAUAAGGCUAUGGCACAUGGAAAAGGAAAGGUUUAUGUUCACUGCCGUGAGGGCUACAGCCGUUCGCCCACUAUCGUCAUCGCUUACCUCAUGCUCCGUCACAAGAUGGAUGUACGAGUUGCCACAGCUACAGUAAGACACAAGAGAGAGAUCGGCCCGAAUGAUGGAUUCCUCUGCCAGCUAUGCCAACUCAAUGAAAAGCUGGCGAAGGAGGGCAAGUUGAAGACCAAAUGAUAGAAUGUGCUCUACCCCCACGUAUACUCUCAAAUGCAGGCACACACAGUCAAACUAGUGUGCACAAUAUUUCCUGUCCAAGUAUAUUAACAGAAUGUAUACAUACAUCCAGAGCAUAUGCAUGGAGGUAUACAAAGUGUAUUCAAACACACACACUCUCACAUACACACUCACACGAGGUGUUGUCAGUAUCCUGAAUAAUUACUCCUGCCUCCAGCUGGCUGGUAAAGGGAAAUUUACUGGCAUAUCUGAAUAAUUAAGGCUGUAGAAGGAGCAAGGGUAGCAUUUUAUAUGUCAUCACAACUGUUUUGUUUUUGCAUAUUUCCCAUGAUAAUCAGUGUCUGUUUUUCACCAGGUACACCUAAAGCAUUCCAAUUGCCAACUAUUUGUAUAUCUAACAAAUUCAACUUUUGGAGCAUAUUAGCCCAAUCGUCAUCUGUAAAGUAUAGCACAAUCAUCCAAUAGGCUCCUAUACUGCGAUUGUUCAUUCCUUUCCUAUUUGUAUGUGGAGGAAUAUGAUAUUUAGGUAUAAAAAAAAAGCAUGAAAAUACACCUUUUAACUAAUUUACAGAACUAUGGCCAGAUUUUUUGAUGGCUUUCCAGCAUUUUAAAUCAGGACUAAACAGGAGGACAAAACUGUUGUGUACCAGCACACAGCUCAUUCACUCUUUCAACACAAGAUAAAUUAACAUUCCACAAAUAGUAGCAUACAAUCAACAAGAUAUAUCUACAACAAGCCAACCGUAUGUUGUAGCUCGGAUUCAACAGACGCUACAAACAGGUUCAACCCGGUUCUAUGCAGCAGUGAUAAUGAAUCAGCCCCAUUAGAUCUCUUUACUCUGGAAUCACUGUCUCUCACUGCCAAGUCUCAUGCCACAUUUUGUCCACCACAAGAUCACAGUCAGCCUUGACCAGAGAGACACGUCCGAUAGGUGGAGAGCCUUUGCCAUCCCAACUGCCUAAUGAUGUGCCCUUACACAAGGUUUGUUACCCAGAGGCUUAGUGCGCCUUUACAUUGCUAGUUUAAAGAUCACAGAAAGGAGUGCAAAGCGUGUCAGUGACGUCUGUGGAGCGUAAAUAUUUAAAGAUAGCUGUUGAAUUAGAGUAGGUUUACUUCGGGGCCAGCUUUGUCUUUAAAACAGCAUCGCUUCAGCACUGGAAUUGAUGCGUUUUGUUGAACUGCUGGCGUGUUUCAUGUUUUAAAGGGGUCAUAUCAUACAUAUUUUUAUCAUUUAAUAAUUUCCCCCGAGGUCCACUUAUAACCUUAGUCAGAUUAAACAGGCCGUUUUUGCGGCUGUGCCUUUAAGACUUCUAUGUAAGCAUCCUCUUUGCAUAUGAAACUAGUUAGAUUGAUGAGUUACUGAUGGUUGUACAGCAUCUUUGCAGCAGGCUCACAAAACAGUCCGCAUUGAAAUAUGCUGUUUUCAGAUCAGACUGAAAUACAACAAUGCACAGAACAUUUCUCUUAUCGGUAGUUAUUCUAGUGUUUAGAAAUAACAGUAUCAAUCCUACUUUGUCUGUCCAUAUAGCUUUUCCAGGACUGGUUGGGCCAUGUUGAUGUGUAAAUGUUAAAAUAUUGGCUUUUUUGAUGUUAAACAUUUCAAAAUGAGACAUUUUUUAGCUUGGCUUCAGUAAAGAGUGUUUUUGAUUCCGGUUAACCCCAAAAAAUGUGGUUUCUCAUGAUAUGACCCCUUUAAAGAGAACCAACAUCAGUUUGAUGUUCAUGAACAUCAUUUGGAAUAAGUGCAUGCGACAGUUUCAAACAUGUAGCUUUUUGAAAUUAUCUAAUUUCUAUUGUCAAAUUUGAUCAACCUAAUACUAUAGCCCCGGGGCCUCUGAAUAUUUAUAAACGAGGGGAAAUACUAUCAUACAAAUCGUAGGCUAGAUUAUAACACAAAGCACUACUUAUGCCUCUUUUUUAUAUUUCUAUAUUCCAGAUAUAUAGCCUAUACUUGUAUAUACAUAUUUAGAUGUUGACAUAUAUGAAUGUAUAUGAAUUGUCCAUAAUAUUUGUGUAUGACCAGUAUCUAUUAACAAUAGAAAUAUCUAAUAUAUUGUAUUCAACAUUCACUUUACUUUAAAAUAUCAUGAAUGCCGUUGCACAUUUACCCAUUGUUUCAUACACCUUAUUGUUUGCUAAAAGCUUCCAUAUUGUCCUGUUUUUCUUUUCACUGUGAUAGAGGGUGGUGUGUUUUGCUAUAUUAUUUUCUUUUUAAAAAUCAUUUUUAUUGUAUUAUAGGAUUCACAGCUAACACUGUUGCAGGCUAUCUCACAGCAUUCAUUCUACUGUACUUUAUCUUUGGGGUUUUGUCUAAGAAUAUUUAAAAUUGACAAAUACAUUUAUGUAUGAAAGCAUUCAAACUAUAAACAUUCCUUUAUUAUAAUCUGGAGACCUAGGCUUUAUACAACCUAACCAACUGUAGCUAUGGAACCCUGUGUGCCGUCAUAAAAAAACGUGAACCAAUGAGGAUGGUCUGUGCCAAUGGCAAGCAAACUGGGAGCUUAUCAGUCAUUAUCAGACGUCUAAACUGAAAUCUGUCUGUUCUUUUAGAGUUUUUAGCAGCAACUUUUAACCUCAAAAAGCAACAAUGGCGCAUUUUGAAUAAGCAUAUUUGGAAAUUUCAACAUAAAAUGUGUUUGCUGGCGCUGUUGGCUUCAAUGCUUCAGAUGAGGAACACACCCUUUUCUGAAAUGGAUCUGUGGAAGGAGAAACACUGCCAUCUGCUGUUGUUAACCCGUGUGGUUUGCACAAACUGUCCUGCUAUGUAUUGCCUUUUAUUCAUAUGUAUCCGAUUGUAUGUUACACGGUGUAUAGAAAUUGUAAACAAUGUAAUUAUACAGGGAAGAUUAAAUGAAAAUGGUUGUACCACUAUAUGGCUUAUAUGAUGUCAAUAGUAUUUAACAAUGAAUCACAAUGCUGCUUGGUCAUUUUGUAUUUAUGUCCCAUUAUCAAUAUGUGAUUGUUUUUAUCUAAUAUUUUCAAUAGCACUGAUGUUAAAAGAACACUACCCAAGACUGAACAUGAACUGUCUAAGGUGUCUAAAUUAAACUUACAUGUCCAUAUGCAUACGUGAAGCACUGUGGAGCAUUUUUGCGUCGAAAUUUGUUUUGUCCACGUGUAUAAGCACAUAGCUGCAUUCAUAUGUGCACGCCGCUCACUAAACGUAACUCUAUAUCGUCUAUGUGCAGUCUUUUACUCCUGUAUGCUUUGUGUUGUUGCUGUAAUGUGAUAUUGUAGAUGAUUGACCACUUGUUUGUUGUAAAGGACAUGGAAACCUCAGCAGUUGCAAAUUUGGCAGGAGAGUUUGGCACAAAUGUUCACACUCUCAAAUUAUGUUUAACAUUUUGAGUUAGGGGGGUACUUGAUGUGGCUAAAUGACAGAAUUCUGGUUUUGUUUUAAUUUGACUUAAUCAGGAAUGGAAUUACAGAACGCUUGAAAUGGAGGUCAAUUGAAUGCAUUCACAUGACACAGGCUGUCUAAACAUCCCACCUUAAAGCCUUAUCCUGAAGAUGGAUUAUAUUUUUGAUUCAUGUCUUCACUUCACAAAGCAAGGUGUACAGCUUCUACGGACACUUUGUUGAAGUGCACUUGAUUAAAUCACAGUUAUUUUUCUUACAUUGGAAAAUCUUUUUCUUUUGUUUUAUGAUGUCAGAAAAUAAAUGGCUAAAAUUGAAA